UUGAAUUUUCCUUACAGCAGUUUUACAUGUAUUUAUUUAUCAUUAUGGCAAAUUUGUUUUUUGUUUCCAGAUCCAUUGCUGCAGUCCACUUUACCUCCUCCAGCAGCAGAACCCCCAGUCACACAUUUGACCCGAAGGCAGCUUUUCACUACUGGCACUUCCGUUUCCACUGCUGAAGAUGAUGAUGAUGAGGAACUGGUAUUUGCUGCAUCACAAUGUGAAGCACAGCUAAAUACAGAGUCCUGUUCUGGUCCGUCUCCAUCAGCGGAAACAGCAAAAGCACCAGGUCUUCCACAUCAUCCGCCACCAGCUGAGCUUCCAGUUCACUGGAAAGAUCAUCUUCCACCUUUCCAGCAUGAGUGGAUACGGAACACACUAUUUAAGGCCAACCCGCGAACCGGCAAGCCAGAACUAGUGUCCCAACUGAAGCUUUGGUGGUAUCCUCCUCAGGUCCCUUUAAUUCACACUCAGCCGCCCGCCUCACCUGACCUCUUCUUCUGUCGGCCCCUUUUCUUAUGGAUGCCGCUCAAGAUGUGGCGAUUUCCUCUUGUCUGUGUUCGUCCAGACUGUGAUAAGCACAAACUAACAGCCGCAGGACUUUACCGUACCGUGCGCAAAGUCUUGGACAUCGACGGUUGGUAUGAUCUUGCCACUGAGUAUCUGGAGUGCAAACGCUGCAAAAAGAAAUAUCCCGCCUGGUCCGAGGACAUUUUGGGGCAACUGGAUAUGGGCCACCGCAGUCAGUUUCCAGCUUUGCUGACAUACAGAUACUCAUGUGACAACCGGGUGCUGAGGAUGAUGAGGGAGAGGACACAGGGCAACAGCGUGACACAGCUGUACAAGAAGCUCAUGGAACAACACAGUGAGGCAUGGACACAGCGUGUCCUUCAGUACCUGACUGCCUGUGAACCAUUUACAAGGUCCUUCCUUGUGCAGCCACCUGUGUUUGCCGAGCCUCCCUCUUUACCUGCCCUACCUAAACCUAAGUGGCUGUUAGCCGUGUACGCCAGGGAUGUUCUGGGGCGACUGCACGAGGUCAAAGCCAAAAUUACAUCUGUCUUGGGCUGUGUUCUAAAGAUGGACUCCACAAAGAAGGUCACAAAGAAACUUGCCGGUGCUGCUGCAGGAACAGCUGCCUGGUGCACAAAUGUGGGAAAUGAACACGGCCAAGUCCUUGUCUCUGUGCUGACAGCCGCAGAGGGACAUGGACUGCACCCUAUGGCAGCUGGCUUAAUGAAACGCUACCGGGAGGCAGGAGAGGCAGCCCCGAAAGUGAUGUAUGUGGACAGAGAUUGCUGCAGUCUUCAUGGCAAGUCUCAGGUGAAGGUCAUGUUUUCGGAGUGGGAUGAGCUUGAAGUGCGCCUUGACAUCUGGCAUUUCAUGCGGCGAUUUGCUGCAGGUGUCACGACAGAGGCUCAUCCGCUCUACGGGACCUUCAUGGCACGUCUGUCCAUGUGCAUCUUUCAGUGGGAUUCAGAUGAUGUGGCUGCUCUUCACCGUGCAAAGGAGGGUGAGCUGGCAGCAAAGAAGGCCGGCCACAUCUCAGGAAAGGCGCUGAGUUCCCGCAUUACCCGGAGGGAGUUGGCACUGCACUGCCGGAGGAGGACCAGGGGUGUGGAGGAGACCACCAGAUUAAUUGGAUCUCUGGUUGAUCUGUUUGACAGUGCAAGUGGUAAAGACACUCUGGGAGUUCCUCUGCUGGACCAUGAACGGAUCCAGCAGAUAUGGAAAGAACAGCGGAAGCACGUACAGUGUAUCCAAGACCCAGAGAACUUUCCCCUCUACAUGAAGACAGGGACACUGAAGAAAGGCGGUGUGGAGCUGUGCUGCUACAGAUGUGCCCAUGGCUCUACCUCUUUGGAGUCAUUCCACCUCCACCUAAACCGUUUUAUUCCAGGAACCAGUGCCAGUGAUUCACAUUUUCAGGCCUAUCUUCUUGAGGGCUUGAUGCGCUGGAAUGAUGACAGGAUGGAAGAUGCCAUAAAAGGAGCGUCCUCCAUCCGGACAUAUGGCAGUGCCAUGAAAGAGGCUGUGGACAAGCUUUCCCGAACUGUCUUCGGAAAGCCCUGGGAUGAGCGCUAUCGCCCUCCUGGAGCAUAUACAGGUGAAUUGCUGGGAAUGGAGUACCUUUACAGCCAGACUGGCAAAACACUUACUCCAGUGCUCCAGAACCCAGAGGAAGAAGACAGGCUGGUGGAGGAAGUUGAUGAUCAGGACCUGCAAGAUGAGGGGUUUGAGGAAGAGAUCAUGGAGGACAUCACAGUUCCAGUGCUGUAUGAGGAUGACCCUUGCCGUGAUCUUGAAAACAGCCCCUCAUCUUUGCCUCUGCAUCAGUCCCCAGCAUCGAUGGCUGAUGUGUCACUGGCUGAGCCGUCCACAUCAUCAUCUCCUGGUGGAGAACAACAGCAUCUUGCCCCUGCCCCUUCAGUACUGUCACAGUCAUCUGACACUGGAAGCAGUAUUUCCGACGAGGCUCAGGGAGCAGUCAUUGGACCCGAUGGCAUCGCUGGGUGGGACAAGGUCCAGGAUUUGGCUGGUUACCUGGUGGGUCUUCGUGAGGCUCCUUACCUUACUGACCAGCAGGUGACAGAGGCCAUCCAGCUGUGGACAGCUCUCCUAGAUUUCGAUAAGCAGCGGGUCAACUAUCAGCCUCGACAUCAGCCUCAGCUGACACAUGGGCGCUAUAAGGCACCGAAGCGCGCAGUGGCCCGACGCCAACCGCUUGGUUAA